CACAGCACACACCUGUAAACCCACCCCCUCGUUCAGUCUCCACAGAGAUUUCAACCUUCAAACAAAAGGGACCUCCUGUGGAGUUUCUUGACCCCCCCGAGCAGGUGGAGGUUCGGUUAGGAGAGCAGGCCCGUCUGCACUGUGAGUUCAGGAGCUGCUCUGUCCCUGUGGCCUGCUGCUGGAUUUACAACAGAGAAAAAGUGGUAGUCGGGGGGCCGAGGGUGUCUGUCAGGAGCAAUAAGACCCAGAGCAGCAUGGAGAUCUCUCAGGCCUGUGCAGACGACACAGGCUCGUACACCGUGAUCGUGCAAAAUCGAAAAGGCUCUGCACAGCACACAGUCUCCCUCAGUGUCAUAGACCGACCCGAUCCGCCAGCUUCCCACCCUGUCAUCUCCAAGCUGUCCACGCAGUCCCUGGUCCUGUCCUGGACUGGCCCCAGCUACGACGGCGGCACGGCUGUGUUGGGUUACAUCGUGGAGGUCAGAGACGAGGGCCCGGACAAGCCCGCCAGCUGGACCGAAGCAUCGAGCCGCUGCAAGAACACGUCCUACCACGUCAGCUCGGGCCUGGAGCCUCUGGGGCAGUACCGCUUCCGUGUCCGGGCCUACAACUCAGCAGGAGUAAGUGACCCGAGCCAGGAGUCUGACUGCGUCAAGAUGGAGACGGCGAUAUCAGAAGAGGAAAAGAAGGAGGAGCCAAAGUCGUACGUCACAGUGACCGUUGACACGAAACACAAAGUCAGCGACCACUACAACGUGCAUGAAAACCUGGGAUGUGGGAAGUUUGGCCAGGUGUUCCGGUUGUCCCAUAAAGAGACGGGUCAUGUGCAUGCGGGGAAGUUCUAUCGAGCGCGGACCUCCAAGGAAAAGACGGCGGCCCGGAAAGAAAUUGAGCUGAUGAACUGUCUCCACCACCCAAAGCUGGCCCAGUGUCUGGCUGCGUACGACACGCGCUCCGAGAUGGUCAUGGUCAUGGAGUACAUUGCAGGCGGCGAGCUCUUCGAACGCAUCGUGGACGACAACUUCGAGCACACGGAGCCGACCAGCGUCAGCUACAUGCAGCAGAUCCUGGAGGGCAUGCAGUACGUUCACAAGAAGAACAUCGUGCACCUCGACCUCAAGCCGGAGAACAUCGUGUGCGUGGACACCACCGGCACGCGGAUCAAGAUCAUCGACUUCGGCCUGGCGAGUCAGCUGGAGGAAGGUAAACCUCUGAUGGUGAUGCACGGCACGCCCGAGUUCGCGGCCCCAGAGGUGAUCAACUACGAGCCCGUGGGCCUGGAGACGGACAUGUGGAGCAUCGGAGUCAUCUGCUUCAUCUUGCUCAGUGGAGAAUCUCCCUUCCAGGGGAACAGUGAUGCCGAGACUUUUGCCCUCGUGGCUGCUGCCACCUACGAGUUUGACGAGGAAAGUUUUGAGGACAUCUCCAACGACGCCAAAGACUUCAUCAGCUCCCUGCUGAAGAAAGACCGGAGAUGCAGGUUGUCAUGCACCGAGGCCCUCGUCCACCCCUGGAUGGUCUCGUUCACCCCUCUGAGCCGCAGACCCACCAAAUCUCUCAAGAAGGACAAGAUGAAACAUUUCCUGGCCAAGCGCAAGUGGAAGAAAACUGGCAAGGCUGUUUUGGCCCUGCAGCGGAUGGCUAACCUCUCCAACAGGCCAGACUCUCCUGGCAGCGCCUCUGAGGAGCCAGGAUGGAGCCAGGAGGCAGAGGAGGCCAUCCAGGCGCUGGAUAAGCAGCUUCAGAGCGAACCUUGCUUCCAGCAGACCCUGAGGGACACCACACUUCCUAAAGGAGCAACUGCUGAGCUGAGAUGCCUCGUCAACGGUUACCCACAGCCGCGGGUGAAGUGGCUCCAGAAUGAGAAGCCGGUGUCCGAGUCCAGCAGAGUGACCGUGGAGCAAAAUGAAGACGGCCUCUGUUCUCUGGUUCUGGACGAUCUGGAGCAGUCUGACUCCGGGGUCUACGUGUGCAGGGCCAGCAACAAGCUGGGGGAGGCGAUGUGCUCCGCCAAACUCCAAGUGGAGAUGUGACUGACAAGCAAACUGCAGGAUCCACAUCAGUGACCGAAGAGAUUCAAAUGUUUAGAGAACUUCUGGACUUCGGCUGCAUUCGUAAUUUCAAGACUACGUUGCUGCUCCCUCAAUAGGGAUUAAUGAGAUUUGGACAUGCAUUACCCAGAGUCCUUUGUUUCACACGACACCAGUUACUCGUGCACUUUCUAAGCCUGCUUCCUUCCAUUUGACAUGUUCAGUCACCAGUGCACAGGGUUUUGAAUUAUUGAGGUCACAUCACGCUACUGAGCUUCACUCUGCUCAGACGGCGAGUCACGUGAAAAUUGUACAUUUUGCACAUUUAAAUAUUGUUCUGAGGUGAAUGACUUACUUAUAAUAGAAAUUAAAUUUAAAAAUGAC